AUGCGACAACGUUAUUAUCAGCAACAAAUCAAACAGCAGUCCAACCGAAAACCACGUUAUACAGAUGAUGAAUGGCAGCCGCUCUGGCUUUGGAACCCAUGCCAUACUAAACAACAACGUUCUACCACAAAAGAAAAAUCACAUUCAAGUCUUAGAUCUGAAGAACACAAUCUUCACUCAUUUACAGGUGUUUCGGGUGGAACAUUUCACAUUAAUCAAAUAGUGAUGAUUUAUGAUCAAAAAUGCACAAGAAUUCGUGAUAUUGAUUUUUUACAAGCGACAGUAUUAGAAUUAGAUCACCAGCAGCAGCGAUGUUUAGUUAAAUUCAAUUACAAUCAGUUAAACGAUUAUGCCAGAUUUGAUGAAGUAUUUCAAAUACCAUUUCAAGGUUUAGAAGAUGAUGAUAUGGAUAAUGACAAACUGGCAUGUUUGAAACGUAUUCAAUCAAUGGAAAUUAAUCCGUCAUCAAUUAUAAACAACAACAACUUGAAAGCACUGUCAGAGUAUUUAGAUGAUCAAAAAUCUGAAGAUGGAUCAGAAUUGUAUCAUCAUACCGAUUCACACGAAUUAUAUGUUGAUCCAUUUGAUAGUCGAUAUGACCUUUUUCUUACUACUGAACACUUGUAA